ACAUUGCUGAUUGUUGUAGUCAGAAGCAUCUGUGUGCUCUUUUAGGGUUUUCGCUCGAAUCGCACCUGCUCACAGAUCCUAGGGUUUUUCGUGCCCUAAUUUUCGCUCCAGAAAAUGGCCGGAAACAACCGAAUCUUAGACGACGAAGAUGAACUCGAUAUUGAGGAGGACGAGAGAGAACCCGUCGACGGUGAUGGAGUCAACGACGAAGAAGAUGAGGAAGACGAAGAAGGGCAAGAUGAAUACGAAAAUGAUGGGUUCAUUGUUGAUGAUGUCGAUGGAGAAGAACAAGAUGAUGGAGAAGAGGAGAUGGCAGACAGCGAUGUGGAGAGGCAAAAGAAGAAGAAAAGGAAGAAAAGAGAUUCAGAGAAGCAUUACGAACUUGAUGAGGAUGAUUACGAUCUUCUCCAGGAUAAUAAUAUCACCGGCUUCCAUCGCCCGAAACUUGUGAAAGGAGAGCAAAAGUUCAAGCGGUUGAAGAAAGCUCAAAGAGAUACUAAAGGUGAGCACUCUGGGUUUUCUGAGGAGGAGGAGCUUGAUGGUAGUUGGAAGAGUGGUCGAACGGCUGAGGAGAAGCUUGAACGGAGCUUAUUUGGCGGGAAGGGACCUUCUCUCGAGGAUAUUGCUGAGGAAGAACAACCUGAAGAAGAAGAGGAUGGCGACAUUGGUGAAGAGGAUGAUGAAAUGGCUGAUUUCAUCAUGGAUGAAGACGACAUCGUUGAUGUUGAUGGGUUUCCUAUGAGGCGGAAGAAGGUGAACAAGAAGAAGUCUAGGCAGGCACCAGGUGUUUCGUCGUCUGCACUACAGGAAGCUCAUGACAUAUUCGGUGAUGUUGAUGAAGUUCUGAGGCUCCGCAAACUAGGUUUAGCUAAGAUGGGCAAGCAUGAUGAUUCUGGUGAUAGGAGAGAAAAGAGGCUUGAAGAUGAAUUUGAACCAAUUGUCCUUUCUGAGAAGUAUAUGACACAGAAGGAUGACCUGAUUAGGGGGAUAGAUAUACCAGAACGAAUGCAGAUAUCCGAGGAAGCCACUGGUGCACCACCAACAGAUGAAAUGAGUAUAGAUGAGGAGAGUAACUGGGUUUAUAAUCAGCUCAUGAUUGGCGCGGUUCCUCUUUUUAGCAUGAGUGGUACAGGAGCAGUUCAAGGGGAGCGUGAACUGUUGAUAAAUAAGGAUGACAUUAUGCGUUUUAUGGAGCUUAUGCAUGUUCAGAAGUUGGAUGUUCCGUUUAUCGCCAUGUACCGGAAGGAAGUGUGCCUUAGCCAGUUUAAGGACCUGGAUUAGCAUGAAGCUGAGAUUGAUAAUAAUGACAAAGCUGACAAAAAAAGUACAAUAAGGUGGCAUAAGGUACUUUGGGCCGUUCAGGACUUGGACAGAAAGUGGCUGCUUCUCUAGAAGCGAAAGAGUGCUCUCCAGUCAUACUACAGCAAGCGGUUUGAAGAAGAGUCUCGCAGAAUAUAUGAUGAGACGCGCCUCAC